UGUCUGUUUUCUCCUAGACUGACAGAGUCAGGCCUGUCUAUGGUUGACUGGCACCUGGUGAAAGAGAUGAAGCCCCCCAGGACGCAGCAGGAGUGGGAAGCUGAGUUCCAAAAGUACCAGCAGUUUCCAGAGUUCAAAUUCCUGAAUCACGAUAUGACGCUGAGAGAGUUCAAGUUCAUCUGGUACAUGGAGUAUUCACAUCGUAUGUGGGGGCGAGUUGUGGGUCUGGCCUAUAUUCUACCUGCUGCAUACUUCUGGAGAAAGGGCUGGCUCAGCCGCCCCAUGAAGGGGUGUGUUCUUGCACUCUGUGGGCUUGUCUGCUUCCAGGGACUGCUGGGAUGGUACAUGGUGAAGAGUGGACUGGAAGAGAAGCCAGAUUCUUAUGACAUUCCUCGGGUCAGUCAGUACCGUCUUGCAGCGCACCUUGGCUCUGCACUGGUUCUUUAUUCUGCUAGCCUAUGGACAGGGUUGUCUUUGCUGCUCCCACAGCACAAGUUACCUGAGACCCGUCAGCUGCUUCGCUUGAGACAAUUUGCUCAUGGCACUACAGCUCUCAUUUUCCUUACUGCUCUUUCAGGUGCCUUUGUGGCAGGGCUGGAUGCUGGCCUUGUGUACAAUUCUUUUCCCAAGAUGGGGGAACGCUGGAUCCCUGAUGAUAUCCUUGCCUUCUCUCCUGUGCUGAAAAACAUCUUUGAGAAUCCUACAACUGUACAGUUUGAUCACAGGAUCCUGGGAAUUGCCUCAAUCACAGCUAUCACAGCACUGUACCUCUUCUCACGGAAGAUCCCACUCCCUCGCAGGACAAGGAUGGCAGUGACUUCCUUACUAGCUGUGGCAUGCGUGCAGGUGGGCCUGGGCAUCAGCACCCUGCUGCUGUAUGUGCCGACACCUCUGGCAGCCACCCACCAGUCGGGCUCCCUGGCACUGCUCAGCGUGGCGCUGUGGCUCAUGAGCGAGCUCCGGCGGGUCCCCAAGUAACCCCGCUGGGGCGCAGCAGCGCGAGGCGCCCUCCCCGAGGGGCCGUGGCGCGGGGCUGCGCUCUGUGGGCAGAGGGGGCACCGCGGACGGUUUUGAGGGCGAUGGCUGUCACAUAAACGAAUUCUCCAGA